CCAUGUUGACUUUCCUUCAUCCUUGUUUUCUAGCAGACCUCAGCAGCACCGCCAUCAAUGUCGCCAAGAGCGUCACCCAUUAAGCCACCUGUCAGCGCCCCACCUGAGACCCCUCCACCGGAGCCUUUUGAAUACUAUGAUGCUGGGAACCACUGGUGCAAAAACUGUAACGUCACAUCUGGCUCCAUGUUUGAUUUUUUCACGCACUUGCAAAGCAAAACUCACCGAAAGACUCUUGACCCGUACAACCGGCCCUGGGCCUCUACUUCCACCAAAAUCACCAAGAACACGCCGCCGGAAGAGAAACUGACCAAACCUGCCAAAGGUUCAGAGUUCUUGCAGCCCGUCAGAGGAUUCUUCUGCCUGCUAUGUAAAGAGUUUUAUGGAGAUGCCAUCUGUGCAGAGGAGCACGUCACCACACAUGCUCACAAUGACAAAUACAAGAAACAAAUGUAUGAGAAUCCGCUGUACGAACAGAGAAGGAACCUGGAUCGGCAGGCGGGACUGGCCUUAGACACAAGUGGAAAGAAACGCAAGCAUGACGACGAUGAGAAAAGCCACAAAGACAAGGAGGAAAAGUCCAAACACAAAAAAGAGAAGAAAGACAAGGAGAAAAAGAAAGAAGACGACGAUGCUGCUUUGAAGGAAGAAAAAUCUAAAUUCAAAAAGGAGGACGAGGAUGACAGACUGAAAGACAACACGACAGGGGAGGAUUUUAAAAGUAGCAAGAAUCUGGAAGAGGAGCGAUCUUACAGUAAGAAAGUUGAGGACGAAAACUAUAAAUACAACAAAAGGGAUGAUAAAUACCGUUACAGCGAAGAGGAGAGGGGUGACCGAUACAGAAACAGCAAAGAAGAGGAGCAUCGUUACCGGCAUCGCAAGGACAACGAUGACAGAUAUGAUGAUCGCCCAAAAUAUGGUUUAAGAGAUGAUGAAGAAAAGUAUAAAUACAAUAAAUAUCCUCCAGACUCCAGAUCCAAAUAUGACAGAGAACGAGAUGAAGGGAACCCCAAGACUCGGAGAGAAGCGUUUAAAAAGCCUGAGCUUGGAAAACCAGAAGGAAAACCAGAGGCCAUCAAACCUGAACCUCCACCAAAGCCCUAUGACCCACCCAAAAUCUUCUGUGGUCCUAGCCCUGCCAUGAGGGCCAAGCUCCGCAAACAGAGCCUGGAGGCUGGCAAGCCCGGCCCUGCAGUCACAGCCCCAACAUUUGGAAAGUUCACUUGGAAGAAGAAGGAGAACACGCUGACAAAGGUGGCUGAGAAAAUUGCUGCUGAGUUCAUCAAGGAGGAUGAAGCGGCUGCAAGCCUACAGCUAGUCUCUGUAGAGGAUUCUUUUGCUAAAUCUGUGGCUGUCGCGAAAGAGAUUGCAGAGAAGCUCGGGGGUAACCAACCAACGCCUACUCCUUGGGUUUCCAAUGGAACCAACCGGGGAAGAAUCAGGCCCAACCUCCCAGCCCCUGCUGCAGUCCUGAGGAAGACGACCAUGAUGGGUAAACCUGCACCUCUGAAUACCUUUCUCUCGAUCAGACCCCAAAACACAACUUUACAAGGACCCCCUCUAAAAGAACUGCCGCUGUUCUCUGAUGGUCUCUCGAAAGCUCUAAGUGCUCAAAACGCACUACUGGAAGGUAAAUCUCCACCUAAACCAUUAGAAGCUGGACUUCCAUUGCCAGUGUCCAGACAAUCACAAAUUGAGGUUAAACCUGUACCACCUGUUUCUGCACCAUUGUCAACUGAGGCUAAGCCCACACCGGCUGAGGCUAAGACCACUCCCACUCCGGCUAAGACCACACAGACUCAGGCCAGGUCUACAGACUCGGAGGCCAAACCUCCACAAUCAAUGGUAAAGAUAGUGUCUGACGUUGCUGCUCCUGGUGUCCCAGAGAAUGAGCAGACUCGUACUGUGUUCGUCAAGCCUCCACCUUUUAUGAAAAUGAGUGACAGAGUUCAGAAGUCUGAGAAACUUAAGAGUAACCUGGCUGCAGCCAAAGCCAGGGAAUUAUUUGGCAUCUUUUACAGUGGCAUUAGCCAAUCGGGUCCUUCUUCCAUCACCAAAUCAGACUCCAAAGCUGACAAGAGUAGCACAUAUGAAAGUCUACUUCCAGCUCCGCAAGCAGUAAAUCUACAGCCUCAGCCUCCAGCCCAAACCCAGGUCCAACCUACAACUGACGUCCAAACAUCGCCACAACCAGACUCAACCAGUUCCUCACCAAGUUCACAAUCCCAGCUAAAAUCUGAAAUUCAGAUUGCUUCAGUUUGGUCCUUGAAGUCUGGCCUUGCUCCAACACCAGAGGAGGUUCUAUCUGAAACACCUUCACCAACAACUCAACCAAAACUGACUCCAUCAGCUCAGAUAGAGCCUCGGAGUGUACCUCAAAACAAGUCCCAAAUUCCCCUACAAACUGAACCUGCUGAGCCAGAUUCAACCCCUCAUACUCUGCUGAAACCAGAGCAGGACACCCAGUCUCAUACAGAGACCAAUCCUGAUACUACUCUAGAACCUGAACCCAAACCAAGCCCCAAAACUAGAUGCAAGAAAACUCCCCCUGCCCCCUGCCCCGUCAGACAAACUCGAUCCCAAACCAGAUACCAGACUCGGCGGCAGCAGCAACAGCGGGGCCAGUUUGAGUUACAAUCUGAGAUGGCUUCAGGGAACUCUGAAUCAGCAGCUUCAGACCCAAAAAGCCUGGACACGUCAGACCCAGACACUGGGUCUCAGUCAGAGGAGGGGAACCCCAGUGAGGGAGACCCUCAGGUGAUGGAGAUCACUACUGAAACACUCGGCCUCCCCUCUGACAUGACCUCCCUGGACUUUGAGUAUGAUUUUAACUUUGAGUAGAGUUAACUGGACCUGAUGUGAUCUAUGGAGGGAGAGGGGGUUAUGAACACUUUAUCUGUGAUUCACAAUUCAUCGAAGUUCUGCUGCAUGUGAGAAUCACGACUCUUAAAACACUUCAUCUGUUGAAAGGACCAGUUGGUGUCUUCUCUAGAGUCACAUGACUCAGGUUUGCCAGGGGAUCCAGAACAAUCUUGUCUCAGGAGAUUGAGCCUUGAGUGAACGACUUGCUGCUGCUCUGGUUCUCACCAGUGUAUUGAUCCUGUGAACAAGUGUGUUCUAACAACAUCAUAAAACACCUGAUUAAUCAUAAAUUGGUCAAUCUACAUUUAAAAAAUGUUCUUAUAUAAAAAAUGUGGUUUGAAAAAAGGACUUUAAUUCUACCCUUAAU